AUGGUAGACCUGAACAAUUUUCCGUUGGCGGUCAGCCACUCGAUGGAGGCGCUCCCGGCCUCCUCGAGGAUAAGAUCGAUCUACCCGGAGGAUAUAUUCCCCAAUGGCAGCUAUGUCCAGCUUCCCUAUGGGCGCGUCAGAUUCUGGCUCUUGGGCCCCGAUAACGGUCCUCGGGUUGUCCUUAUCCAUGGCCUUUCUACGCCUGGUAUCACUUGGUUGAAAGUCGCCCCGUAUCUUGCGGAGCGUGGAUUUAGAGUGCUGGUCUACGAUCUGUACGGCAAAGGCUACUCUGAGGCACCAAAGACCCCAUACCACGUCAACCUCUUCAUCACCCAACUGGCCCUCUUGCUACAGUACAUCGAGUGGGAUCAUGCCCAUAUCGCGGGGCUCUCCAUGGGUGGUGCCAUCACGGCUGCAUUCACCGCGACGCUGCCCCACCUCGUCUCAGGCAAAGUAAUUCUGAUAGCCUCUGGGGGCGUAAAGGAUAGGCCAGCCCAAAUGCCUGAACCAUCGGCGGUGGAUCCUAUACCGCAAUACACGGAGCUGCGGCUCCUUCAGACGGAGCAUUUGCCUGGUUACAAGACCGGGGUAGCAUCGUGUUUUAUUGACGGUCCUAUCUUCGGCAUCCGCUGGGCCUUCGAUAGGCUUGGCGAUGUGCACGUCGCUUCCGGCAAGAUUUUGCAGACACUGAUUCUCCAUGGCACUGCGGACUCAGUCGUGGAUUUUGGUCAAGCGCUUGAAAUCAAGAGCCACAUCCCUACCGCUAAGCUGAUUGCCGUGGAGGGGGCAGGACACGAUUUGACCCUGCGACAUGAGCAUUGGGAGCAAGUAGCGGAACAUAUGUAUGAGUUCCUGAAGUGA